AUGGCGAGGAGCGCAGAGGUGUUCUGUUGGGGAUCGCUGAACCCGGUCCCUGGCGAAGAAAAUCCAACCCCCGUCGAGGCUGGCCGAAGGGGCCUCGAGGCCGCCCGAGUUUGCGCUGGGUCUGGGCGUGCUCUGCUCAUUGGCGCGAAGAGCGCCACGUGGCUUUCGGGCCAAGAUGGGUCCGGCGAGGAUCCAUGGGAUGUGCCGGGGAUAGAGUGUGCGGCGUUCGGUCAGAAUCACACGCUGUUGCUGCACAAGGUUGCGGCAACAACGGAAGGAGACUGCGCCGACGACGCUGGGAGUGAGACGAAGACAGAAGUUCUCGCAUGGGGAUCGGGGGGACAGGGUCAGCUGGGCAUCGGCACCAUCACGCUGGAGAGCGAACUCCCGAAGACGAUUCCCGCCCUCAGCGCCUACCGCGUGCUACAGGUGGCAUGCGGAGCGCAGCACUCCGCAGCCGUCACCUCCUACGGCGACCUCUUCACCUGGGGCCGAGGGACCGAAGGGCAGCUCGGGCACGCAAGUCGACACCUCCCGCCCGAGCUCAACGACGCCAUCACCGGGGUACAACUCCGCCCCAAGCCCGUCCCAGCCUUCUUGGCGACGAAGAAGCGCCAGCGCCCGGUAGCGGGGGUGUCCUGCGGGGCGAAUUUUACGUUGGUUGUGACCCGUGCGGGGGAGGCUUGGGCCUUUGGCGGGGGCGCCAUGGGGCAGUUGGGCAUCGGACGGGUGACCAGCGUCGGGGUUCCGAAGAUGGUGAUGCCGUCGUGCCCGGCUACGGGAGAACCGUUUGUCGAGGUCGCUGCGGGGUGGUCGCACGCUCUCGCGAGAACUUCGGGAGGAAGGAUACUUUCUUGGGGUUUCAACGCGUUGGGGGCGCUCGGCUUGGGGGACCACCGCACCCGCUUCUUGCCGGAAGCGGUGCCACUAGACGGCUGGCAGAAGCAGCAGCAGCAGCAACAGCAACCAGACGAAAAAGGUGGAGGCUGUGGUAGCAAUCCAUUGAACAACCCCCCCGCGGCAAAGACAGCAAGGAUCACCGCCGUCAAAGUUCACGCCUGCGGAAACUGCUCUGGCGCGUUGUCGGCUGACGGCGAGCUCUUCACUUGGGGAUGCGGCAGAGCCGGUGGUUUGGGGCACAGGGGUGAGGGCGAAGGUCAGUAUGGUCGGCCAGAGAGAGUGGAGCACGUACUGCGGCCGCGACGAGUGGAGCGACUGGUUGGUGCGCAAGUCACAGACUUUGCGCUGUCGAACAAAGGCGGCGUGGCGCUCGUCCCGCCUCGUGUGGCAUCGAUCGAACCGGCCUCGGGACCAAUGGAGUCCGGAUGUAAGGUUGUCAUCAAGGGGUACGGAUUUUGGGACUCGAAGGAUAUUGUGGUGAAGUUCACCCCGGUCUCGAAGGGGCACAAGCCGUCGGCGUCGCGAUCUGCGGUGGGGACGUACAUGCCGCGGGAGACCGGUCAAGGCGGGGUUGAAUUUGUGACGUGCACGGCACCGUGCUUUGCGUCCCCAGAGGCAGCGUAUGUUGAGGUGUCGGUUGAUGGAACGUCGUUCACGUCAGAUUGCACGAGGUUCCAGUACUAUCGAACUCCCGAGUUGACGCAGGUGACCCCCGACACGUGCAGGCCACCGUUCCCGAGGCUGAGGGUAGACGGCGAGCAUCUCAGACCGAACGAGAACGAAACUCUAUUGGUGCGCUUCGAGGAGGAACAGGAAGAAGACAGCACCGAGGAGAGGGGCGAUGGCGGUGGUGAUGAGGCGGCUCCCCUGCUUGAAGGCACCGGCAACGAUACAACGCGUUCUGCCCUGUCUCGCUCGACCGCGAGGAGGGUAUUCGUCGUUCCUGGCCGGGUGGAGUCGGAGGUCAUCGAGGUCGGAACGGACCCGGACACGGAGCUCCCGAUUCACGAGGAGAGGUGGUUCCUUGCCUGCGGCAGCCCUCCCCUUCCGCCCGAGGCGAAGCUCCCGUUCGUGUCCCGAGUCACCGUGGCUCCGAAUGGGGCCGACUUCGACGGAGAGUCUCUGCGGUUCAUCGCGCACGACCCACACGCCGAUGUCUGUCUGCCGUCGGCGGUGCCUGCUCCCGCGCCCCCGCUCCCCGCCUCCGACACUGCCGCCGCGGCGGCGGACGAGGACGACGACGGCGACAAAAGCUCGGAUGGAGGCGAGGCACGAGGCCCGUGCGUCCACAUCACGGGCCGCAACCUCUAUCGCGGCGCCAACGUCGCCGUGCGCCUCCGUUUCGGCCGGGACGACGAGAGCGUCGUUCCCUUUCACACGGUCUCGUUCGACGUCUCUUCCGAGAGCAUCGUCGGCGUCGUGCCGAUCGAUGCCGGGGGGCUCGUGGCCGGGGCGCCGGGGGCGCCGCCGCCUCCGAAGGAAGCCCAGCAACGCCCGCCGGCGGUCAGCGUGGUGGUGGAAGUCAGCGUGGACGGCGUGGAGUUCUUCGCCGUGCCGGAGCGGCUCACGCUGUACCGAGGUCCGCAGCUGGCUCUCCACGGCGACGGCUUGUACCCCGCGGCCGAGGGGGGGUUGGCCGAGCUCAAGACGACGGCGCCGUCUUUCCGCGGGAACCAGGCGAAGGUCCGAUUGGUUUCCGAUGUCCACGGCAUAGACGUGACGCUGCCUUUGCUCUCGUCUCCGCCCGCCGAGGAAGUCGAGGAAGGCGCCGGAGAAGCUUCUGGCGUACCGGGCAGGGAGGCGGGGGGGGCUACGCCGGCACCAGGGCAACCGUCACCGGCCGCCGGCGAAAACGAAGGGAAAUCCACGCCGGUGCAAGAACCAGCGAAGGACGCCGCGGUGCAAGGAGAAGAGCAGCAAUCAGGCGAAGUUGCCAGCACAGAGGCGUCCGAUAACAGUGUUUGGGAGGAGAGAGAAGUGCCGACGUCCGAAGAAUCCUUCUUUUUUGCUGUGCCUCCGCUACCCAAGCCGACCCAAGGCGAGUUGGCGAGCUGCGGCAGCACCGAUGGCCAAGGCCAAGAUGCGGCGGGAGCGGUAGCGACAAGAGCGCAAGGCGACCAGAGCGUGAGCAGCAAGGCACCGCUCGCCCCUACGUCGCCCAAGGGUGCCGGAGCUGCAGCAGAUGACCAGGGUGGCGAGGCACCAGCAUCGCCUGAGGAGACAAACAGAGCCCUGAGUGUUUUCGUGUCGCUGAACGGGAACGAUUGGCAACCGGUGUCCGGACCACCUCUCACGUACUUCCAGCCUCCACCGGAGCCCAUCCCCGUGCCAGAAGACGAGCCAAAGAAGGGGAAGGGCAAGAAGAAGUAG